AUGGCCAAGAAGAACAAGAACGGUGGUGGUCCGCCCAGAAUUGUCGGCGACUUUUCUCGCUACUUCGGCGAGGACACGCUCGAAAACUGGCAACGUCUCUGCCGAGACAUUGGCAUCAACAAGGACCUUCCCAACAUUAAAACAUGUAAAAAGAUUCUUAGAGGGGUCCACGUCAACAUCUUCGACCUCCUAGAAGCUGUCCAGAAGGGAACACAACCUAAGCGAUUCAGGAACGCCGACCAGCUGGCCGAGUACUCAGUUGCCAACCGCAAGAUCUAUCCGAGAAGGUAUGUGAAGAAGGAGAGUGCGGGACCGGUUAGGGUUUUGUUGAGGUUGUUCUUCUAG